ACGGAGCAGUCACUACCGAGCAUGCUCAAACGAGGGUUCGACUACCGGCCUGGCUCGAGGGCUUUGCCCGGUAGUAGGACAGUGAGGCAGUGUCUCCACGAGAUACCAUGGAAAAAUAUCAGCUAUUGCAAAUGCUGAAUCCUGGAGCCUUAGGGGUGAACCUGGUGGUGGAAGAACUGGAAACUGAAACCAAGUUCUUGAUAAAGCAGGUGGAGUGUAUUGAUGAGCACCAUGCCAACAAGGCCCUGGAGGAGCUGAUGCCCCUGCUGAAGCUCCAACACCCCAAUCUCUCUCUGUACCAUGAGAUGUUCAUCAUGUGGAACAAUGAGAUCUCCUCUCUGUUCCUCUGCCUGGUGAUGGAUUAUUACUCCCAAGGAACAUUCCAGAAUAUCAUGGAGAAUAAGAGGAAGUUAAAAGCAGUUGUUGACACUGAGUGGAUGCAUACCAUGCUAAGCCAGGUAUUGGAUGCCAUCGAGUACCUACAUAAGUUGAACAUCGUUCACAGGAACCUCAAGCCUUCCAACAUCGUCCUUGUUAACAGUGGCUACUGUAAACUGCAGGAUAUGAGCUCCCAGGCACUGAUGACCCACGAAGCUAAGUGGAAUGUCCGAGCAGAAGAAGGUGUCUGGGGAAGACUGGGAAUGAGUGGCAAAGGAGACCCCUGCCAGAAGUCCUGGAUGGCUCCUGAAGCUCUCAAAUUCUCCUUCUCCACCAAAUCCGACAUCUGGUCUCUGGGCUGCAUCAUUCUAGACAUGGCCACUUGCUCCUUCCUGAACGACACAGAAGCCAUGCAACUGCGGAAGGCCAUCCGCCAUCAUCCAGGCAGCCUGAAGCCCAUCCUGAAAACCAUGGAGGAGAAGCAAAUCCCUGGUACAGAUGUCUACUAUUUGCUUCUGCCCUUCAUGUUGCAUAUCAACCCCUCCGAUCGACUGGCAAUCAAGGAUGUGAUGCAAGUCACCUUCAUGAGCAACUCCUUCAAAAGCUCCUCUGUUGCGCUGAAUAUGCAGCGGCAGAAGGUCCCCAUCUUCAUCACUGACGUGCUGCUUGAAGGCAACAUGGCCAACAUCUUAGGCAGCUGGCUGUGUGCUUCCUUUGUGAACGACAGCAGGCACUGUGACUCAGGGAUUGGCUCGCAGAGACUUGGGUUUGAUUUUCAGUCAGUCUCUUGGACAGAGCACCCUCUGAAAGAUGUCAUGCAGAAUUUCUCCAGUCGACCAGAGGUCCAGCUCAGAGCCAUUAACAAGUUGUUGACAAUGCCAGAGGACCAGCUAGGGCUGCCAUGGCCCACAGAGCUGCUGGAAGAGGUGAUCAGCAUCAUAAAGCAGCAUGGGCGGAUCCUGGAUAUUCUGCUCAGCACCUGCUCCCUUCUGCUGCGUGUUCUUGGCCAAGCACUGGCAAAGGACCCAGAAGCUGAGAUCCCAAGGAGCAGUUUGAUCAUCUCCUUCCUGAUGGAUACCUUGCGGAGCCAUCCUAACUCUGAAAGGCUUGUUAAUGUGGUCUACAACGUGCUUGCCAUUAUUUCCAGCCAAGGACAGAUCUCAGAAGAGCUGGAAGAGGAGGGGUUGUUUCAGCUUGCCCAAGAGAACCUGGAGCACUUCCAAGAGGACAGGGACAUCUGCCUCUCUAUCCUGAGCCUGCUCUGGUCCCUCCUGGUAGAUGUUGUCACUGUGGACAAAGAGCCCUUGGAGCAGCUCUCUGGCAUGGUCACCUGGGUGCUGGCUACUCAUCCGGAGGACGUGGAAAUAGCAGAGGCUGGCUGUGCGGUGCUCUGGCUGCUGUCCUUGUUGGGCUGCAUAAAGGAGAGUCAGUUUGAGCAGGUGGUAGUGCUGCUCCUGAGAAGCAUCCAGCUGUGCCCUGGCAGAGUACUGCUGGUGAACAAUGCAUUCCGUGGCUUGGCCAGCCUCGCAAAGGUGUCCGAACUGGUGGCCUUCCGAAUAGUAGUACUGGAAGAGGGCAGCAGCGGCCUCCACCUCAUCCAAGAUAUCUACAAGCUCUACAAGGAUGACCCUGAGGUGGUGGAGAACCUCUGCAUGCUGUUGGCCCAUCUGACCUCCUACAAGGAGAUCCUGCCAGAGAUGGAGUCUGGAGGCAUCAAAGACCUAGUCCAGGUGAUCCGGGGGCGCUUUACCUCCAGCCUGGAGCUGAUUUCUUACGCUGAUGAGAUACUCCAGGUACUGGAAGCAAAUGCACAACCUGGCCUCCAGGAGGAUCAGCUUGAGCCUCCUGCAGGGCAGGAAGCCCCACUGCAGGGAGAGCCCCUCUUCAGGCCCUGACAUGCUGCCCUUCUGGUCCUGUGGUAAGAGAAAGUAUCACUAGGUCCAGUAUUAAUUUCGUACCCCAUGGUGACUAAUAAAAGAAGCCCUAGGCUGUUUCUGGCA